CGGGCCCGCUAGCCGUCUCGGUGUGUGGUGCUGAGGCAGGCACACAAAAGAGCGGCUGCAGCUACCCCCGUGUCCCCGCCGCGCCGCGGGGUGGGGACCGGCCCCGCCGCUGCCAGCAGGGUAAUUCCUUAGAAAUGAUUGUCAUAUAAAGAGCUGGCUAUGGCAAACAGGAAACAUCAAAGCACUACAGCCAGCAUGCUGGAUCACAGAACCAGAGCUUGCCCUACUUCAUCUCACAACAGGGAGCCUGAAAAUGAAGAAAGUGACCUUCCUAUUGAAGAUUAUGCAGCAAAAGAGGCAGAACUAGCAGCUGUCAGACAAGGUAGUCCUACACUUGUGGAACAUGAGUGCAAUGAUCAUAGUGGAGAUGGUGACUCCAGCUCUGACUAUGUGAAUAACACCUCUGAGGAAGAAGACUAUGAUGAAGGCUUGCCAGAGGAAGAGGAGGGGAUCACAUACUACAUUAGAUACUGUCCAGAGGAUGACAGUUACCUGGAAGGAAUGGACUGCAAUGGGGAAGAGUAUGCUUCCCAUGAGGAAAAUCAUGGUGAAACAGAUGAAUGUCAGGAAGCUGUAGAAGAAUGGUCUCAAGGUAAAAUUCAGCACCCAGACGAAAAUGAGAUGACAGACAGGCAAGAGUGGCAGGAAGGUCAAGAUAAUGGUGUUCAGAUUUUGGAGGAUGAAGUGUCAUCUCUGGAGAUUCAAGACCAGGAAGAAAAUAUACAGUACUGUCAAAGUGAAGGUGGCUAUCCAGACUAUUACCCAGCAGAGGCUAAUGGAAACUCGCAGGGAAUAUCACCAUACCAUUCUAGAAAAGAGGAUGCAGAGCUGGAAGAGCAGGAAGAGGACAUUGACCAGAUUGUAGCAGAAAUCAAAAUGAGUAUGAGCAUGAGCAGUAUUAAUAGUACAACAGAAAUGAGCCCAGAGCAUACUGGGACUGAAGACAUGGCACAUGACUAUAAAGAGACUUGUUCAAAGGGAGAAGCUGUUCACAGUGGUAAUAGGCAUGAGGGGAGGCCAAAAUCACUGAACAUCCCAUCAGCCUCUAAGCACAGUGGAGAUGUGCCUAGAGGUUUUAAAGCAAAGUCAAGAACCCCAGAGGACAGACAGAAGUGGCCACAAGAGCAGAUGUGUAAUGGUUUAGAGCAGCCAAGGAAGCAACAGCGUUCAGACCUCAAUGGACCAGUUGACAAUAACAAUACACCUGAGACAAAGAAAGUGUCUUCAUUCCCAAGUUUCGUUGAUGUUCCAGGACCUUGUGAACCUGAAGACCUCAUUGAUGGAAUCAUCUUUGCAGCCAAUUACCUGGGCUCUACACAGCUGCUCUCUGAGCGCAACCCUUCUAAAAACAUAAGGAUGAUGCAGGCCCAAGAGGCAGUGAGCCGUGUUAAGAGGAUGCAAAAGGCGGCUAAAAUCAAGAAAAAAGCGACUUCAGAGGGAGAUUCCCAGGCCUUGACUGAAGUAGAUCUGUUCAUCUCCACACAGAGAAUUAAAGUUUUAAAUGCAGACACACAGGAAACAAUGAUGGAUCAUGCGCUGCGCACAAUCUCCUACAUUGCCGAUAUUGGGAACAUUGUGGUUUUAAUGGCCCGACGCCGCAUGCCAAGAUCAGCUUCCCAAGACUGUAUUGAAACAACACCUGGUGCCCAGGAAGGAAAGAAGCAGUACAAAAUGAUAUGCCAUGUUUUUGAAUCAGAAGAUGCACAGCUGAUAGCUCAGUCAAUUGGUCAGGCUUUCAGUGUGGCUUACCAAGAGUUUUUAAGGGCCAAUGGAAUUAACCCAGAGGAUCUCAGUCAGAAAGAAUACAGUGACAUCAUCAAUACCCAAGAGAUGUACAAUGAUGAUCUCAUCCACUUUUCCAAUUCAGAAAACUGCAAAGAGCUCCAGCUAGAAAAACAGAAGGGAGAAAUUCUUGGGGUAGUGAUUGUGGAAUCUGGAUGGGGAUCCAUUCUGCCCACUGUUAUCCUGGCUAACAUGAUGAAUGGAGGCCCUGCAGCUCGCUCAGGAAAACUAAGCAUUGGAGACCAGAUUAUGUCCAUUAAUGGGACCAGUUUAGUUGGUCUACCUCUUGCAACAUGCCAAGGGAUCAUAAAGGGUCUCAAGAAUCAGACACAAGUCAAACUGAACAUUGUCAGCUGUCCUCCUGUUACUACUGUCCUCAUAAAACGGCCAGACUUAAAAUACCAGCUGGGCUUCAGUGUACAGAAUGGAAUUAUUUGCAGCUUGAUGCGAGGUGGAAUAGCUGAGAGAGGAGGGGUGAGAGUAGGACAUCGUAUUAUUGAGAUCAAUGGACAAAGUGUUGUUGCUACUGCUCAUGAGAAGAUAGUGCAAGCAUUGUCUAAUUCAGUGGGAGAGAUUCACAUGAAGACUAUGCCAGCUGCCAUGUUCAGGCUCCUGACUGGGCAAGAGACACCCCUAUACAUCUAGCACGCAACUCUCUUGCAGCAAACUAACUAAAUGAUUCCAU